GCUGGGGGCGUCGGCCGCAGCCCCGCCCCCGCCUGGCCAGCCCCGCGGAGCGCGAUGGCCGUGGCGGCGAGGAGCCUGGCGCUGGCCGGCCGGGCCUGGCCGCUGCGGCGCUGGUACCGCACGGAGCGGGGGGUGUACGGCUACAAGCCCCGCAAGGCGGAGAGCGCGGACGCCCCGGAGCCAAGCAGGGUCUGCGUGGGCGGCAGAGCAGCUGAUCAUGGCCUUGCUCGUUUAGUAACUGCAUACUGUGAACAUGGCCACAAAGCUGCCAAAAUUAACCCUUUGUUUGCUGGCCAAGCUGUGAUGGACAUGGUACCUGAAAUUCGAGUGCUGACAGAAGUGCUUCAGGGACCUUUCAAUACCACAGGACUCCUGAACAUGGGAAAGGAAGAGGCUUCCUUAGAGGACGUGUUGACUUAUCUUGACCACAUAUAUUGUGGACAUAUUUCUAUAGAAACAAGUCAGCUGUCAAGCUUGGAGGAGAAAGAAUGGUUUGCUAAAAGGUUUGAGCAAUUAAAACAGGAGGCAUUUACAACAGAAGAGAGAAAGCAUUUGUCUAAAGUGAUGCUAGAAUCUCAGGAGUUUGACCGCUUCUUGGCCAACAAAUUUGCCACAGUGAAACGAUACAGUGGUGAAGGAGCAGAGAGCAUGAUGGGGUUUUUUCAUGAGUUGCUAAAGAUGUGUGUGUACACUGGGGUGACAGACAUCAUUCUUGGAAUGCCUCAUCGAGGAAGGCUUAAUCUCCUCACUGGGCUGCUUCAGUUUCCACCUGAGCUGAUGUUCCGUAAAAUGCGUGGUUUAAGUGAGUUUCCAGAGAAUUCACCAGCGAUUGGAGAUGUCCUGUCCCACCUGACAUCCUCUGUAGAUCUAGACUUUGGUUCACACCGCCCUCUGCAUGUCACCAUGUUGCCUAAUCCAUCACAUCUAGAAGCAAUUAAUCCGGUUGCUGUUGGCAAAACGCGCGGAAGACAACAGUCUCUUCUUGAUGGAGAUUACUCGCUAGACUGUGCCGCACAACCUGGAGACAAAGUCAUCUGCCUACAGGUUCAUGGUGAUGCUGCUUUCUCUGGUCAAGGGAUUGUUCCUGAAACGUUGACACUCUCUAAUCUCCCACAUUUCAGAGUUGGUGGAAGCAUCCAUUUGAUUGUUAAUAAUCAGCUGGGUUACACCACUCCUCCAGAGCGAGGAAGAUCUUCACUAUACUGUAGCGAUAUUGGUAAGAUAAUUGGGUGUGCAGUUAUCCAUGUGAAUGGUGACGAUGCUGAAGAAGUCAUCAGAGCGACGCGAUUAGCUGUUGAAUACCAGCACCGCUUCCGCAGGGAUGUGAUUGUGGACUUGCUGUGCUACAGACAGUGGGGCCACAAUGAACUCGAUGAGCCAUUCUUCACCAACCCCAGCAUGUAUAAAAUCAUCAGAUCCCGUAAGAGUAUCCCAGACAUGUAUGCAGAGCGUCUAAUAGCCAGUGGGCUCAUGACUGAGGAUGAGGUAUUGGAGAUAAAGACUUCAUAUUACUCCAAGCUGAAUGAUCAUCUAGCCAACAUGAUGAUGUAUAGCCCCCCUUCGACCAACCUGCAAGCUCACUGGAGUGGCAUGGUGGAACCCUCUGCUAGGAUCACCAUUUGGGACACAGGCCUGCCUGUGCCACUCCUGCAGUUCAUCGGCAUCAAGUCUGUGGAGGUGCCUGAAGAGCUCCAGAUGCACAGUCAUCUUUUGAGGACGUAUGUACAGGCAAGAAUACUGAAAGUGAAGGAAGGAACAAAGUUGGACUGGGCUACAGCUGAAACAUUAGCUUUUGGUUCACUGCUCAGCCAAGGGUUUAAUAUCCGACUAAGUGGUCAGGAUGUUGGCAGAGGAACAUUCAGCCAACGACACGCAAUGUUGGUUUGCCAAGAGACAGAUGAAACCUAUAUCCCGCUGAAUCAUAUGUCUCCGGAUCAGAAAGGCUUCCUAGAGGUGAGCAAUAGCCCCCUGUCUGAAGAAGCUGUGCUUGGUUUUGAGUAUGGAAUGAGUAUUGAAAGCCCCAAGUUACUGCCAAUUUGGGAGGCCCAGUUUGGUGAUUUCUUUAAUGGAGCCCAGAUAAUAUUUGACACUUUCAUCUCUGGAGGUGAAGCUAAGUGGCUCCUGCAGAGCGGGAUAGUCAUUCUUCUUCCCCACGGCUAUGAUGGUGCAGGCCCUGAACACUCUUCCUGCCGAAUGGAACGUUUCUUACAGAUGUGUGACAGUGCAGAAGAGGGAGUUGAUGGUGACAACGUGAACAUGUCAGUUGUGCAUCCAACCACCCCAGCACAGUAUUUCCAUUUGCUCCGUAGGCAGAUGAUCCGAAACUUCCGGAAACCUUUAAUUGUUGCUUCUCCCAAAAUGCUACUCAGAUUUCCAGGGGCAGUGUCAAAUUUUCAAGAAAUGGCCCCAGGGACAACAUUCAAGCCUGUAAUUGGUGAUUUGUCAGUGGAUCCUAACAGCAUCAGCCGAGUGGUGCUGUGUUCUGGCAAGCAUUACUAUGCUUUGGUGAAACAGAGAGAGGCACUAGGAGAGAAGCAGCACAGUACCGCUAUCGUCAGACUAGAAGAACUGUGUCCUUUCCCCCUGGAAGCUCUACAGCAAGAGAUGAACAAGUACAAAAAUGCCAAAGAUUUUAUUUGGAGUCAGGAGGAGCCACAGAACAUGGGUCCCUGGGCCUUCGUGUCACCAAGGUUUGAGAAGCAGUUGGGAUGUAAGCUCCAUCUUGUGAGUAGACCUCCCUUACCAGCCCCAGCAGUGGGCAUUGGAACACUACACCAGCAGCAACAGGAAGACCUCCUUGCCAAAACUUUUGUCUAAGGCCUCUCUACUUGGAAACCAGUUUCUUAUAAUAUUUGUAAACUCCUUACAAGGAAAACACCUUGGCCUUUUCAUCCUAAAAAGGAAGAACAAAUCAGGAACUGUUCUGGAAAGAGCAGACAGUUCUUUAAAUGUACGGAUGUAACAAAACCCAUAAUGACCUCAGCCUGUGUGUAUUACGCAGAGGAUAAUGCUCACUGUCCUUUUUUGUAUUUUUGUUUUUUUAUUAUUAUUAUUAUUAUUAUUAUAUAAAAACAGAUCUGCAGUGAGAUGAGUCAGUUAACUGGGAAAUCAAAUGUUUCAUUUAUAAAGCAUUAUCCCACAUAGCAGUACAAAUCCAUAGUUCUUUGAUAUUGUUCAUUUCUGGGAAGCUUUCCCUUGACUUUAAAUUUAGAUUUUUAAACCUCAGUGGAUGUUUAAGAAUUGAAUAAUGCCUUCAACAAUGGCAUUUCUAUAACAAUAAAGUGUUUUUCAUUGGUCUUUGAGAACCAGGUUUGAUGGGUCUCGGUCCCUUUCUCUCUGAGUGGGCAGAGGUGGGGGGAAAAUACCACCACACUUAGGUUCCCUGAUUGACAAUUUCAGCUGAGAAUUGAAUGAGCCAUGGACACAACUAUCUUCUCACCCCUGAGCAACGCCUCUCUGUCAGGGUUGAAGCACAAUGGCUGGGCAGUGUAUGGGGAAAAUGGCAGUGCUGGCUGCCUAUGUUGUGUUUAUUCUGAGGAUAAACAGAGAGCUCUAGCCUCCAGGACUAUGAAACCAGCACCUUUCUUCAACAAAAAAUUCACUCACCCAUUUUUAAAGAAUUAACCAUUGCUUUCUGAGAUGUGAUGUAUCAAAAUGGCUGUUUACCUUGUUCAUUGCUGUUGCUCAUAUCCCAACACUCUUGAAUAUGAAACAUCAGACAUUUAGUGCAUGUAUUACUGUAAUACAAUAUUAAUUUUUCACCCUAUAUUUCCAUUUCCAAGCCCUUUUCUAUGCUGAAUUCUGUAACUAUUGCAAUCUGAGAUAACACAUCUCUAACAUGCAGCUGUCUGUUCUUAGUGGAUGAGAAAUGUUGCUGCAGUUCAUUAGUUUAACUCUUGUCUUAGCUUUUGAAAAAGAUUUGAAUGGCAGAAAUACAUGCAGUGUAAUACAAGUUUAAAUUGGAUUAUUUGAUAUCUAGCAUUUGGAACAUUGAAUACAGCAGUUAUUUUUUAAUGUAAAGGUUAAAUGACCUCCUUUCGCUUUUUUGGCUGGCACUUAGAAAACUGUCACAUAAAUAAUGCUAUUGUACUAUUUUGUUGAGCUCUUCAGUACUGUGACAUAAGUUAUGACAUUUGCAUAAGAAGUUCAUUUUAACAUUUUUUUUUCCAGUAGAAAUGUUUUUCAGAAAUGAAGAGAAUUUCUACUGAAAAAUACAUUAAGUGAGCUCCUAGGACAUGGAGAGAAAUCUUCAAUCAGUGACAUCUUAUGUACUAAGUAUAAAGUGCACACAAACAUAAGAGAUGUUGGACCAGAUCAUAAUCCCCAAAUCUGCACAUGGAUCUCACCCUUUUCAUGUGGGUAGUGGGGUGAUCCUCCAUUGUACACUUGCCACCCAAGCCCUUGGAAGAUGCUCUGUAGGGCUAAGAUACACAUGGUGGGGAGAGGUUAACAGCUCCAGGCAGGGAUUUAGAUUUAAACUUUUUUUUUGUUUUCACUGAAACUUUUUUUUCUGUUCAGUGGACUAGAUUUUGGAGCCGUUACACUGGUGGGCACUAACAUAAGUAGUCACAUUUGAUUUUUAAAAUGAAAUUGCAUUUAUCUUAAACAAGCGUCACAAACUAAUUUUCAGAACACUCCUGUAUGAGGCAGGUUUAUUCUUCCAUUUCAUAGAAGUUAAGUGACCCUGCCUAACUCCACAGAGGGAGUCUGUAGCAAGGCAGAGAAUAGUAUGCUGGAAUUUGUGUCCAGACUAUACCUUUGUCAACAGUUGCUUACCAUGUUACUUUGGCUGACAGAGUGCUGCAGGAGCUUAUGUGACACUUUGUCUUCCAGGGGGAGUACUUGUGGAACAUUGUGUGGCAUUUUCCUGAGGUUAAUAGCAACACUAGCAUUGGCCUUUCUGGUCUUCUUUAGGUAUGCUGCAUAGAGUAGUAUUGCAACAGCAGAUCUCAAACUUCUGCUAGUUAUAAUAGUCAGUAUAAGCAGCCAUAUCUAGCAUUCUUUACAUUCUAUCUGUUAGGUUCUGGAGAACUUUAGGCAUCUCUUAGUAAAUGAGCUCCAAGAAAAAACAGGAAGUCCUAGCUGGACCAGUGAGUCUCCAGUGUUAUGUAGUCUGCUGGCAUCUACUCAUUGUCCACAGCUGGGACCGAAUGCAGUGUGUACUAACCUACUGCCUUCACUCAACAAACCCUAUUUGAAUUGGGGGCACUUCAGAGUUCAACCCUGUGGUAUAUUACCCCUUACUCCCCUGCUGUCUUUGCUCUCCUCUAUUUAAUACUGCAUCAGUAUAGCACUUGUCUUUCUCCCCCUUCCCUCCCCCAAAAAGUGGGCUCUACAUAAUCUCCUUCCUCUACCAAGUUGACAGUGAUGUCUUGUCAAUGACAAACUUGCAGACAGUUGCGUGCAUAAAGUCUAAACCCAGAGCUAUGCCUAAGUCCCUACACUUCUCCUUGGGGGAACAGUCUCUGUUUAUUGACCAUCUUCCUAUACUUUCCUCCCAGAAAUUUUAGUUCUGUCCAUUUCAGGGGAAUGAAGAGGAUAUGCUCUUAUUUUCUAUCCCUGUUUGACUUCAUAUGGUAGGGGUAGUACUGAAGCUUUAGAGCGGUGAUGUAGGUUGAUAGUUGUGUUUAAACCUGUGUAGGCACUGUUACAUAUUAGCACUCUACAACCACAUAAAAAGACAACUCUCUCUUCCUUGAAAAGCUCAGUUUGACCAAAGAGACUCCAAAAUAAGAGGAGAGAAUGAAAUACAACUCCUUUUCCCCCCUCACAAAUUACUUGUCAAUUUAUAUGUAUAUUUUGUCCUAUUAUGCCCAUUUGCAUCUGCUGGAAUCCUGUCUUUGAAUUAAACUUGAGCCUAUUUGUUCUUUGUCA